AUGAUCGGCGAGACCUGGGUCGAUCUACAAAGCUUGAUUAUUCCCGGUGGAAGUCAGAAUGAUCACUGGCACCCACUUCAAUGGCGUGGGAAAUAUGCAGGGGAGAUUCGAAUCGAAAUGACCUACUAUGAUACGAGAGAGCAAGAUGAGGUCUUGAUUGGACGCCGAAAAGAAGCCGCCGACCGGGUACAAGGCAAAGUCCCUAGUACUCCAAGCAGUACGGGCUUGUCCGGUCCCCGGCAAUUGAAAGACGUCAAGCGACGACCCUUGCCCAGUGGCCCUGCAGGGACCCCGGCACGAUCAGCCCCUCUUGAACACGCUCAGUCUGCGCCUCCAAUCCACCAUCCGGUCCCGUCAAGACCCGUCGUUCUUGAACAUUCAAACACUGUAUCUGGUGCCCCAGACACCAUCUCCCAUGCCCCGAGACAUUCAGAGCCUGCUUAUGAUGCAUCAUCUUAUCGCGUACCUUCUCCUGUACCGCCUCCCUCUCAGGGUGGGUAUGAUGGUGCUGAUAACUACACUCAAGAAUGGGACACCCCAGCUGUUGCUCCUCUCCGCCGACAGAUCACCCAUGAACUGCCCUCCAAUGAAUUUAUUGAAACACCUUACGACUCGCGCCUACUGCAGCAACAACAACAACAAGAGCUACAGCAACAAGAGUUACAUCAGCAACAGCAGCAACAGCAGCAACAGCAACAGCAACAAGAGCUACGUCAACAGCAGUUACAGCAACAAGAGCUACAACAACAAGAGCUAUUACGCCAAGAAGAGCUACAUCAACAAGAGCUACGUCAACAAGAGCUACAACAACAAGAGCUACGUCAACAAGAGCUACAACAACAAGAGCUAAUACGUCAACAAGAGCUACAACAACAAGAGCUACGUCAACAAGAGCUACGUCAACAGGAGCUACGUCAACAAGAGCUACAACAACAAGAGCUACUACGGCAGCAAGAGCUAAAACAGCAAGAGCUACGUCAACAGGAGCUACAACAACAAGGACAACAGCAGCUGCAGCUGCAACAGCGGCAAGGACAGCGGAAUCAUCCUGAGUAUGACCAGCCACCUUCUAGAGACUAUCGUCUCGUAAGACAAAAUCAGUACGGGGCGAAUCCCCACGAGGAAGCGUCGUACCAUUCCACACAUCAGGACCUCUACGCUCAGAUAGAGCAGCCCCGAUACGGUCUAGACUCUGUGCCGUAUGGGACAACGCAUACGCAUGGGUUGCCGGCUUCAGACUUUAUGGUUUCCUCCCUAGGCCCAAUGGAUGACCCGAGGUACCAUCCACACAAAGUUAGACCUCUACAAAUCACUGCCCGAGGUCAUGAUUAUCACCCAGAGUACGCCGGAAUGCAACCGCGAGUAGAGGAUGAAGAUGAUGGCGGGCCCCCACCGCCUCCACCGGCACACCGGUCACGAAGGGCGCACUCACAGCUGCCUACCCCGAAAACAUCGCCUCACCCCUAUGCACCCUACAAACCGCAGUCUUCUCGAUCCUCGGUCCCCCAUCUGCCAUCGACCAUGUCCACCCCGUCCUAUCGUGAUCGCUACCAGGAGCCUUCUUCAAUGGGGAAUUCCCCAGCUAUGCCUGCAAGCCUCGUCGCAGGCUAUGAACCGGAAGACUCGUCUGAGAGAGCAGCAUUUGAACGAUCAGUUCGCAGACGCAGCAACCAAUGGGACGAUGAGAUGAUGAUUUCUCAUCCAUCUGCACCAGUCCCUAUAUCAGAACCUGUCCAAUACGAUGGUCCCAUCCACCCUCUGCGAACAUCCCCCCGACCUAUUGAAGAAAGACCCACUUCUAGCAGAGGUGGAUCUGCGAGCCCUGAUAUGCGGGCCGUGACCCGGAAAUCAGUCAGUCCGCGCCCAUCUUCUUCGGACGUCUAUGAAGGUUCCUCGAUCCCUUUCUCUCCCGACUCCUACAUCUCUCUAAAUCCGAAUGCCUCACACACCCCCAGCCGAGAUCCUUCCCCAGCAUACGACUCGCCUUCGCAAGCUAGAGAUGCCGUGAUACGUGGAAAGACUGAACCCCAUCGAGAUAUGGAUCACCCAAUCAUCGGGGAUGAUGGCCGUGAGAUUGACCCCUCUGACCAUCUUCCCACCGAUACAUGGGCACCCGAACCAGAAAGGAAAAAUCGUAAGCCCGAGGUUAUUAUCCGUUUCAAACACUCAACUCGGCCAACUUCUAGAGGCGACGAGUCGCCUUCAACUCGCAGCACAGGCCCUCCACGCGUUGGAUUUAGAACAGAAACCACCACAUAUCCGUCGGAUCGCUCAAUCAAGUACACGCCCACCCAUGUGAACGUAAGCCCGGGGUCAAUGAUUCGAACUCCCCCUCGGCCGGACUACGUGCGCGAGCGCCCUAACAGCUAUGUGCAGCCUCGGGGCUACAGCACACCAACUUCGGUUGAGCGGCCCCGCUCUUCCCGAGGCUCGGUCUCGCCAUCGCCAGGGUCUCGUACGCCGCUAUAUGACUACAGUCCAGGUCCCCCGAUUCCGAGCAAGGUGCCAAUCACAGGAGGAAGCCCAGGCUACCCUGUCAUGUCGGGCAAUCCAAAUGGAAACGUUCGCAUGGAUGCCCUGAGUCGAGAGCUGAGUACGAUCGACAUUGGCUCUACAGCGUGCAGCCCUGGGCGGGGGGCCGUUCGAAAGUACAUACCAAGACAACCGGCAUCGAUUGGCUACGCUAGAUAA